GGGAAUUGGAAUCGAAAUAGAAAGCUAACACACGCAAAAGGAAGAUGAGGAAAGUGAAGGACGAGGGGAGUGCCGUCUCUGUGCCAAUGCCAAACCCCGAGAUCAACACCACUGGCACCGGCACCGGCACCGCCGAUGAUGAAGCAAUCACCGACGCCGGUAACUCUUCUCAACCCAAUGAUAAUCCCAAAGAUUGGCCGGCUUUCCCCGUUGCCAGAUUGCCCUCUCGUAACACCUCCUCCAAGUACGAUUUUGUCAAGGUGAAGGUGUGGUUGGGAGAUAACGCAGAUCACUAUUAUGUCUUGUCGCGGUUUUUGCUCAGCAGGAUGCUGACAGUGACCAAGAUUCCAAAUCAUGUUGCUAUUAAAAUUGCAUUGGAACUCAAGAAGCUGCUUGUGGAUAAUAGCCUUUUAGAUGUCUCACAAUCUGAUUUGGAAGCUAAUAUUUUCAAGCUCAUGGAGCGGCGUGGUUAUGGGGAAGAGUACAUAAAUCGGUAUAAAAUGAUGACGAGAUUUCACCAUCAAAGGGUCCCAUUGGUGAUUCUUGUAUGUGGAACUGCCUGUGUUGGAAAGUCAACCAUUGCCACCCAACUUGCACAGAGACUUAACCUGCCAAAUGUCUUACAGACAGAUAUGGUAUAUGAAUUACUACGCACAUCAACAGAUGCUCCAUUAACAUCUACUCCUGUAUGGGCACGAGAUUUUAGCUCUCCAGAGGAGUUAAUUACUGAAUUCUGUAGAGAAUGCAGAAUUGUUCGUAAAGGUUUGGCUGGUGAUUUAAAGAAGGCUAUGAAAGAUGGAAAGCCUAUAAUAAUCGAGGGUAUACAUUUGGAUCCCAGUAUAUAUUUGAUGGAUGAUGAAAGUAAGUCGUCAGCUAAUAUUUCAGCAAAAGGCAUUGAAGAAAAUCCUUUAUCAGCAACAUCAGAUGAUAAAAGUUCAAAACAAAUGGAGAGCAGUUCUCUAGUUUGUCAAAAUAAAAAAGGGACUGGCACCGGCAUUAGGUGUUCUCAUUCGAAAGAAUGCAUGCACACCAACCAAGAGAAUGAAGGGUUGGACUCUCUAGAAGCUGUAGGUAUAGCAGGAAAUAGCUCUGGAAUUACAGAUGAAAGUCACAAUAAAGAGGAGACGAGUAGAUCUGCUUCUGUCAAGAAAGAUAAGUCUGGUGCUGAGCCAAUAAUCAUACCCAUAGUCCUAAAAAUGGCUGAAUUUGAUCACAAGGCAUUACUAGAGGAAUGGGUCUGCCCCCGAACAUUUAGUGACAAAUGUCCUCUCCAGGAUAAAGAUAAGCUUAUAGCUAAUUUAAAGACCAUUCAGGACUAUCUUUGCUCAUUCAAAUCACAGGGCUUGAUAGUAGUUAAUAUAUCAGCGACUACAUUUCCACAAACAUUGGACUGGCUGCAUGGAUAUAUUCUGCAGUGUAUCGAACAAGGCAUUUCACCUGUAUCAAAUGAAAAUGCAAGUCAGUCUACUGAACACUAAUUAGAAACAGAACUUUUGUUCAUAACAGGUUCAGGUGGAAAAUUCCCACUCUGUAACAAUGGCUCAUCAACUCAUUCCCAAGGUUCCAGCUUCUCAUUGAGAGAUGUUUUCUUCAGGAAAAUGGCAUAAAAACUGUUCAUAGUUGAAGUUUGGCCAGAAUAUUUACUCCUUUGGAAGUUGCAACUUGCAACAGCAGAUGAGUUAUCUGUAAAAGCAAACUUCUUUUGUAAGAUUUUAACUUAUAUUAGCUUCUUGCUCAAGAUUAUAAUUUCUACAAAAGGGCUAUGGUCGUUUGAAGACUGAAAAUUAGUUUUUCUAGUCGUGGGCUUUAGGAAUCCAUUUCGACCCUGAAGUCGUCUUCUAUUUUUUGUUUUGUAGAUGCUUAGGUUUUAAAAUUUGGAUAAAACGAAUCUAAUUUCUGAACCACAUUUCAACGUUCCAACCAACCAACAUCUUCUAAUAAGCCUGGCCAAGCCUCAAUCUGUUGUCGAGUGUUUUAGAUUCUGACUGCAAAAUGUGAGGUGACUUGCUUUGGUUUGAAGAUGAGACUACCCGAUGGUGAAUUCAGAAUUAUUGAGCCUUUAAAUUUUUUUA